GUGUUGGAGGCAGUGGUGGACCGCUGCCUUCGAUGUUCGGAAGGAGCCAGUCACAAGUCCCCGAGAGAGUUAGGGACUACCAUCUAGGGUUGAGCAGUGGUCCACGGCAGCAAAGGAUUGAUACCGGCCCAUGGACUGUCAAGGGGAGGACAUCAAGAGAGCUUCUAGGGAGGGCAUGGGCGAAGGCGUGCCAUGCUGUCGGUAUUCCCGGCCGGAAAGUCGAUGACCCAUACUUUAAAGCUGCGAUCGUGGAGACCCAGAAACAAGGUGUUGGAAUCAAAAUACCAUCAGAGAGGGAGAUAGAUGGAAAAUAUUUGGAUGAGAAUGUGAAGGAGAUAGAGAAAGAGAUAGAGAAGUGGAAGAACGAGUGGGAUGAAUGUGGAGUCACGAUCAUGUGUGAUUCGUGGACGGGGCCUAUGCGUAACUCGGUCAUUAAUUUCUUGGUGUAUAGCGGUGGCACCAUGUAUUUCUUGAAGUCCAUCAAUGCGUCCGACAAAAUACAGGACCAUCAAUACUUGUUGAAGGAGAUACGAGCAGUGGUCAUGAAAGUGGAGCCUCACAAUGUGGUUCAGCUUGUCACGGAUAAUGGUUCGAACUACAAAAAAGCCUGCAAAAUUCUCUGUCACGAGUUCCCUACCAUUGCAUGGCAGCCUUGCCUUGCCCAUACCAUCAACCUUAUGCUGAAGGACAUAGGGAAGUGGCCGGAGCAUGAUGCUUGUAUUCGAAGCGCGCAACGAAUUUGCAGCUGGCUCUACAACUCCAACAGUUUACACAGCAUGAUGAGGGAAGCCAUCGGUGGAGAGUUGGUCAAGUGGAAUGUAACAAGAUUUGGGACCAACUACAUGUUCCUUGAAAGCAUGUAUAAGAAGAAGGACCAGUUCAUGACAUGGUUAGUGUCACCUGAGUUCCGACGGUCCCGCCACUUCAAAAGUGAAACUGGAAGGUACAUUUACGAAUGCAUCACAAGUCUUGAAUGGUGGGCGAAUAUGGAGUAUGUGAUCAAUGAUGUUGAGCCUCUGUACAUGUUUUUGAGAUUUGCUGACACAGACAAGACACCUAAUUUGAGUGAGGUGACAAUGGAGUAUCAAAACAUGAGGCAGACAUAUGCCAGCAAGUUCAGCAGUGACUACCCCCGGUUUGAAAAGAUCAUGGCUGUGAUAGAUGCAAGGAUGACCACAGUGAUGUCAGGCACAUAUAUGGCCACUGCUUGUGCUCUUAACCCUUAUGUGCAGUACAGUUUGGGCACAUCACAGAAAGUCAUGGCAGUAAUGCGCAAUGGCCUGGAGAAAAUGUUGGAUACUAAUUCAGCAGCAAUUGCAUUGCAAGAAUUUGAAAUAUUCAGGAUGAAGCAAGGUGAGUUCUCUAGUGACAUUGCUAGGCGAAUGGCCAUUGACCGGAAAACUUCACCAGCUGCUUGGUGGGCUACAUUUGGGGGAGAUACAACAGUGUUGAGUCACCAGAAAUUGGACAAAUUGGUCUUUGUGAACUACAACCUCCGCUUGCGUCUGCAACGUGCUACUAGAGGGGUCGAUCCAUAUGACUAUGAUCCAGUUAGCAGUUUCAUGGAUCUUUCUUUGUACCGGCAGUCAUCAGCAAUUCAAGAUUGGAUGAAGCAAUCAAGGUCCAAUGGAGACCCAGCAUUUGAUGAAGACUCAGACUUCACUGACACUCCAUUGCCGAGCCAGAUGUUCACUGACAUAGGCUCUUCUCAUGGUCACGAUGAAGAUGUGGAGACAUGGGCCGAAGAAACAAUUGGGGACACACAUCUGGGAAAAAGGAAGACUAAGAUUGGUCCCGAAAUGAGAAAAGGGAAGAAACCACGCACUGAGGAGGAGUUAGGUAGUGACGAUACCACACCUGAGCCUAGUGGUGGUGAGGACAUUGGUGAUGAUGAUGAUGAUGAUGAUGAUGAUGAUGAUGAUGAUGAUGAUGAUGAUGAUGAUGGUGAUGGUGAUGGUGAUGGUGAUGGUGAUGGUGAUGGUGAUGGUGAUGGCAAUGAUGGCAACGAAAGUGGUGGUUAUCGUAUAUCUCCUACUAUAAGGUUCACUGGGGAGGAGGACUUCACCCAUGCAACACAAGAUACAGAUCAUGGAGCACCUACUUCACAACGACAAACAACAUCGACAAGUCGACAUGGUCGACAUGCCCCACUUGCAUAUGAUGAAGAUAGCUCCAACUCUGCCUCUAGUGGUCAGUACUACAACCCUUACAGUACUUCUCCCCCUGCAGGGGGCUUUCUGUGGCCACCACCAGGGGUGGUGAACCCGCCACUUCCGCAGGCAGUUGCAGCAUUGUCUUAUUUGGAUUAUCACGGCUACCUACCAUAUGGAGCUCCACUGUUGCAACAUCACCCACCUACGUACGUGUAUUUGCCACCAACAGACGAGCCGUAUGAGGGACCACCGGGAGAGAGAUUUGAGGACUGAAGAAUGCAGAGAAUAUGCUACAUGGAUUAUUCUGGACUAUGCCUUUGCCUCUGUUGUAUCUUUGGAUUGUAAUAAUUCUAAUGGACUUUGGAUGUAUUGUGUUCUAUGUGUGGACUUUGGACAUGAGUUAUGUGUAAUAAUUGUAAUGGACUUUGGAUGUAUUACGUUGUAUGUGUGGACUUUGGACA